AAAUUGUGGCAAGUUGUUGGAUGUGAUUGUAAUGGAGAGUGGCGGAGAGGUGUUUUUUACCGGCAAAGAGUGUUUUCUUAUUUUCUAAGUUCUAACCUUAGCAACAACCAUGGCUUCUUCUACUUCAAUCUCUGGUUUCACCAUCUGUUCGAAUUCCCAGUCAGAAUUUCUCAGUUCCAAAUCUUCACGCUAUGCCUUCUCCAAUUCCCUUCCUAGGAUUUCAUUUCAACUCCCCACACAUUUUCCAGCACUUGUUUCUUCCGCACCAAGGGUCUUUUCAAGUUUUGUGAAACAAAACAUAGCUUCUCUCCUCAUCGGCUCCUUCAUCUUCGUCGGCUCCUUCUCCAACAGAACCGCCAUGGCAGCACUCACACCCCCGCCUGCUGCUGUACUCCCCGAGGAGAAGACGGAGACGGAGGAGGAGAUGUGCCAGAAGAUUCUGGAGAAUGACCCGAAGAACGUUGAGGCUCUGAAGGUGGUUCUGUACGGCAAGAUUAGGAGAGGGAAGGCCAAAGAGGCGGUUAAGUUGGUAGAGAGUUUGAUUAAGGUGGAGCCAAACGAAGUUGAAUGGAGGCUUUUGUUGGCCCUCUGUUACGAAACCAUGGGCCACUUCACUACUUCAAAGAGACUCUUCAAGGAAAUCUUGCGCCAAAGGCCUCUUUUUCUCAGAGCUCUCCACGGUUUGGCUAUGGUGAUGCACAAGAACCAUGAAGGGCGUGCUGUGUUUGAAAUGCUGGAUAAGGCUAGGGAGCUAGCUUCGCGUCAAGAGAGAGUUACAGAGGAGAGGAAUAUACGAAUCUUAAUUGCACAAAUGUUUGUUGUGCAGGGUGAUUUGGAGGAGGGUUUAAAAAGGUUUCAAGAUUUGGUUAAUGAAAAUCCUCGAGAUUUCAGGCCUUAUCUUUGCCAGGGAAUUAUAUACAGUCUGCUCGAUAAAAAGGAGGAAGCUGCACAGCAGUUUGAAACAUAUCAAUCUCUUGUGCCUGAAGAGUUUCCACAGAGGGGAUUCCUUGAUGAUGUUGCCUUAUCAGCAAGAGCAACUUCCAGAGAACAGUUUAUGAAGGAAUAUUCAUAUCGGAAAUAGAAACUUCUUUUCUGAAUGGCUUUUGUGAUGAACUACAAUGUAUAGCAAGCAUCGGUUUUGUUUUCAUGUCACAACCUUUCUCUUUACUGUUUCGUUAUUGAUUAGCUAGCUAAUUAGUAGUUACAAUUACGGCAG